GAAUUGCACAAUUGAGUGCGAUAACGGCUACGAUUUUGAUCAUGAAACUAAACCCUUUUACCUUUGUGGCGAGGACACUUUCUACAUGUGGGAUUUCCAAACCGAAGACAAUCCAGACGGGAAAACUCCCGUCUGUUCUGAAAUCCAAGAGAGCUCUGAACUCAGUGUUUCCUAUUCCGCCUUUUAUAAAGACCUUGUAUGUGACCAAACAUUUGAAACAAUACGCAAGGAAGUGAACAAUGCUAUAGAUAAUGGUCUACGGCAGUUAGAUUGUUUUCAAAAGAAUAUAUGUUCUUAUGAAAAUGCAACUAUAACGCCAUGUAAACAAAGAAACAAGAGAUCGACAGGUGUUGAAAACAUUGGGUUUUCGAUCACGAUGAACUGUGAUCCUAAAAUUUAUAAUUCGGACAUCUGUCACACUAAUCUCGUUACAUCUGUAAACAACUUACAUGCCUUAGCCAUAAAUCAUUCAUUGGAUAUUGAGGUAAAAGGCGAGCAAUUUGAAAUAGACGUUGAAAGAGCCAGUGCAGAAAGCGGAGUAAAAUGCCCCGAAGGAUCUGCAAUCAUCAAAUUCUAUUGUGUUAAAUGUUCUCCAGGAAGAUUCUAUAUAGACAGUACCUGUGAAAAGUGUGACUUUGGUAGUUAUCAGGAGAAGGAAGGUCAACUGUCGUGUACAAAAUGUCCAGCUGGGCAGACAACCCCCGGAAGGGGAUCAAGACACCAACAAGAAUGUUCACUGAAGGAAGAUACUGAAGUCAAUAAAGGAUCAUCACUUUAUCUGUUAAUUAUAGUUGGAGGGGGUAUCGCUGUCUUUAUUUCAUGGUUAUUUCUGGCAAUUAACUGGAAAAGGAGAAAAACAAAAAAGUACUUCCUAAGUGAAAGACUUUUAAAGGCAGAAAACAGACAACCAGCACUUAUUUGCAACGUCGAACUACAGAGUUUUUGAAAAACGCAUCACGUGAAAUUUUGUCUCAUAGUCUCUUUGUGAAAAUCAGGAAUUGCAUGUACAGGAGCUACUUUCGCCCUCUUCAUGGUUAAGCGAAUAAAAAACAGGGAGAAUUCAAGGAACACAGCAUAAUUUCUUAAACAGAACUAUAACUAGGCGAUUUAAAACGGGGCAAAAUUGUCGUACGUGCAAACAUACAGGCGAAAAUAACCCUAUGUACAGUAUUUCUUGCCCUUUAUUUCUAUGUAUAUGAAUAGUAUGGAAUAACACUUAAUGAAAUUUAGAGAUAAAAGACAGUUUCUGUCAAAACAUUAUUUAACAAUGCAAUUUAAAUUAAGGUCAAUGGUGCCCGUAAUGUAAUACAAAGUGAAUAUAUAUCUAUGUUUUCUCUUUCUGUCCACUCUCGAAAACAUGAAAAAUUAAAAAAAAUUACUGACAGUACAAAUUUAUAUAUAUUUUGUUGUUGAAUUUAGUGAGUCAGCUAGGGAGGGAAAGUGUAAAGAGAAUAUAUAAAUAAAAUUAAAAAUAUAUAUAUCUAAGAGCAUUAGUUAAGUCAAUGUACAGAAUAAUAAGGUUUUCAAUUAACGUUUCAAGUUGCACAUCAUGGGAAAUAAAAGCAGAUUAUUUCAAUAUUCUGUUUUCAGGACAAAAUUUCCCAAAUGUGACAAAUGUUUCUAUUAGAGGAAUAAUCAGCAUGGGAUCAUAAGAUAAGCACAAUUAAAUGUCUUGAAAGAAGUUUUAAGACAUUAUAAAAAAUAUUAAUUUGACUUUAAAAUAUUUUCUAUGAAUUUUAAUUCAUA